GCAAGGUUUGAUUCUAAUAUGGCUUGAGCCCUGGGUGAGCACGUUACAUUUUGGUACUAAUUAUUCUUAGCGAUUCUUUUUUAUUAAGACUCAUGUUUGGUCAGUAAUGAUAUGUAAUUAAAUCUCCUCUGCUGUAGGUUCAUGCGACCAGAAACUGCACAGGGCAUAUUUGUUAACUUCAAAGACUUGUACUAUUACAAUGGGAACAAGCUUCCUUUUGCUGCUGCUCAAAUUGGCCAGGCUUUCAGAAAUGAGAAUCAAUCAUGGUUGGGUUCCCUUAUCAACACUAUAGUUGGAAAUUUGAAACUCUCAAUUUCAAAUAUUCAUAUCAGAUACGAGGACAGUGAAAGCAAUCCUGGUCACCCAUUUGCAGCAGGUGUGACCUUGGAGAAACUCUUAGCUUCCUUCUUAGUGGGUCCAGGUAGAACCAAUAUUUAGUUUAUUCUUGCAGUUACAUAUGUUGAGGGCAUGUUCAAACUAUGAAACUUUGAUCAUUUAUUUGCUUCAGGUUUUUAGAU